GCCAAUCGCAUUGGCCGUGUGGAGUAGCGGGCGCACGGUGUAGACUGACCGAGUGACGGGGUCUGAGUCCCGGGGAGGAGGAUCGCAGAGGCUCCGCGGGAGAAGUCAGCGCCGCGGACAAGAUGCCGAACAAGCCGAAGAAGGAGAAGGAAUCCAGCAAAUCUUCCAAAAGCUCCAAGAACAGCAGCGGCGUGAAGGACGGCGGGCCGGAGAACCCGGAGGAGGUGCAGCAGAGCGGCAACAAGCGCGCCGGCUGCAGCACGCCGCCGCCAACGCAGCUCAACAAGAUCAAAUACUCCGGCGGCCCGACGCUGCUGAAGAAGGAGCGGCGCCAGAGCUCGACCCGGUUCAGCCUCACCAAGAACCGAGAGCUGCAGAAGCUGCCCGCCCUGAAAGAUGCCCCGCCCCCGGAGCGAGAGGACCUGUUGGUGCAGAAGCUGCGGCAGUGCUGCGUCCUGUUCGACUUCAUCAGCGACCCGCUCAGCGACCUCAAGUACAAGGAGGUCAAGAGGGCGGGGCUUAACGAGAUGGUGGAGUACGUCACGCACAACAGCGACGUGCUGACCGAGAGCGUCUACCCCGAGGCCGUCGUCAUGUUUUCCAUAAACGUGUUCCGGACUCUUCCUCCGUCCUCCAACCCGACCGGCGCCGAGUUCGACCCGGAGGAAGACGAGCCGACGCUGGAGGCGGCCUGGCCUCACCUGCAGCUGGUGUACGAAUUCUUCCUCCGCUUCCUGGAGUCUCCGGAUUUCCAGCCCAACGUCGCCAAGAAGUACAUCGACCAGAAGUUCGUCCUGUCGGUAAGACACCACCUGGCCAGGUGAGCUCCAGGUGAGCUCCAGGUGAGCUCCAGGUGGGGCUCCAGGUGGGCUCCAGGUGGGCUCCAGGUGAGCUCCAGGUGUAACUGAAUUGGAACGCGGCCGCUCUCUCUCUAACUGAAUUGGAACGCGGCCGCUCUCUCUGUUUCCUGCAGCAUCAUCAACGGCUUCGCUCUGCCUCUGAAGGAAGAACACAAGAUGUUUCUGAUCCGGGUUCUGCUGCCGCUCCACAAGGUCAAGUCUCUGAGUGUGUACCACCCUCAGUUGGCUUACUGUGUGGUCCAGUUCCUGGAGAAGGACAGCGGCCUGACGGAGCCGGUGAUCAUGGGCCUGCUGAAGUUCUGGCCCAAAACCCACAGUCCGAAGGAGGUGAUGUUCCUGAACGAGCUGGAGGAGAUCCUGGACGUCAUCGAGCCGGCCGAGUUCGUCAAGGUGCAGGAGCCGCUCUUCAGGCAGCUGGCCAAGUGUGUGUCCAGCCCGCACUUCCAGGUUGCAGAGAGAGCGCUGUACUACUGGAACAACGAGUACAUCAUGAGUCUGAUCAGCGACAACGCAGCCAAGAUCCUCCCCAUCAUGUUCCCAGCUCUGUACAAGAACUCCAAGAGUCACUGGAACAAGACGAUCCACGGUCUGAUCUAUAACGCUCUGAAGCUUUUCAUGGAGAUGAACCAGAAGCUGUUUGACGACUGCACUCAGCACUACAAGGCCGAGAAGCAGAAAGAGAAAUACAAGCUGAAGGAGCGGGACGAAGUCUGGAUGAAGAUCGAGGAUCUGGCCCGGCAGAACCCACAGAGCAAUAAGCUCCACCCCCUUCGGCCUGGACUCCACCCACAGGAAGAGUUCCUGAUGUUCAGCGAUGGCGGUCUGGCCUUCAUCUCCAUGGAGACGGAGACUCCGACAGCGGAGGACAUCCAGCUGCUGAAGAAGACGGUGGAGACGGAGGCGUCCCAGGGGGCGAAGGAGCUGCAGAAGGACAAGGCGCUGAUGCGCAGGAAGUCGGAGCUGCCGCAGGACGUUUACACCAUCAGAGCUCUGGAGGCGCACCAGAGGGCCGAGGAGUUCCUCACAGCCAAUCAGGAGGCACUCUGACCCCCAUGAGGCCCCGCCCUCUCCACGGCUCCGCCCCCUGGUGGCCCGAACCAGUAGGACACUAGAAGCUCCACCCGUCUGUCCAUGUGCCGUGUCUCAGCGCUCCACUGUGAUUGAACAUCAGCCCACAAGCCACGCCCACAUCCCCCCUGAGGCUGCCGCGGUUCAGACCGCCGAGCGCCUGAGCGAGUCCACAGAGGUGCGUCCUGAUUGGCUGCUCCGGCUCCACCCCCGUUAUGGGCUGCCCAGGUGUUGUCAUGGAAACGUGGGGCCAUCAGGCUCCUGUUGUGCUUUACUGCACUUGAACUCAGCGUGGAUGAAUGUCCCUGUGACCUCUGACCUCACUUAGCCAAUCAGCUUUGGAUCUGCAUAGACGCAGCGAAUGUAGGCGUGGCCUCCGCCAGGGCUACCACCAAUCAGGGCUUAGACCCAAACACCAGGAACCAAGCCCGGUUCUGAUGGUCCAGUCGCCACAGGAAGUGAUGCGAUGGCUGCAGGUUCCUCCAGGCGUUUCAGACAUGAACUCUGAUUGCUCAGAGGAAACAAAUCAUUUAACCAGCUCUGAGGUGGGGGAGGGGCUUUGUGAUGUCAGGAGGCCACGCCCCCAUGAAGGACACGCCCACAGCACGUCUGUUUUCUUCAUCGCUCUUCCAUCUGUUGAGCCGGCAUGUCAUCAUCCCAUUGGCUGUGAUAAGCUCCGCCCCCACCACCCUAUGUCGUGACACCACCAGGCGGCGCUGUUCCAGAUGUUUAUUGAGCAUCACACGGUGAUUUGUACAGAUGUUCAUGUACAGCAGAAAUAAAGAAGAUCCCGCCCCCA